AUGGCUAAAGAUAAAUCGGCUACAUCCGAGGAUAAUUACGAGGCUAGACUGCCUGCGGUUUUGACUUUCGCAAAGCCAUUGGCUUCUAAAAAGCUUAACAAGAAGGUGUUGAAGACUGUAAAGAAGGCCUCGAAGGCCAAGAACGUGAAGAGAGGUGUUAAAGAGGUUGUCAAGGCACUAAGGAAAGGUGACAAGGGCCUCGUUGUAAUUGCUGGCGACAUCUCUCCCCCAGAUGUUAUCUCGCACUUGCCUGUGCUGUGCGAAGACCAAUCCGUUCCUUACAUCUUUGUGCCCUCAAAGCAGGACCUUGGCUCGGCUGGUGCUACCAAGAGACCCACAUCCGUCGUUUUUGUUGUCCCUGGCAGCAGUAAGAAGAAGGACGGUAAAGCUAAAGAGGAAGAAUACAAGGAGGCUUUUGAUGACGUGGUCAAGGAAGUCAAGUCUUUGUAG